AUGGAGCUAGCUUCCGCGCGGCGAGUGGCCAGGCUUCUGGGACAAUUGCGGCCAGCAGCGCUUACAUGGGUCUCACCUGUCGCAGCAUCUGCCAAGCCGAGGAGUUUUGCUACGCAGCGGCGGCCGAACGGCCUUCAGCUUCCCUUCUCCAAGGUGCUCAUUGCAAAUCGUGGCGAGAUCGCCGUCCGGAUUGCUCGGGCUUGCCAGGAGGAAGGUUUGACAACUGUGGGCAUCUACGCCGAGGAAGACAACGGCUCCUUGCACGUGCAACGCGUGCAGGAAGCAAUUCGGGUCACCUCCAAGAACCCUGGCCCGAUCGCGCCAUACCUGGACGUGCAGAGUGUAGUUGAGGCGGCCAAGCAGACAGGUGCCCAAGCGGUGCAUCCUGGCUACGGCUUCCUCAGUGAGAGUGCAGAGUUCGCUGCAGCCUGUGAGGCCGCAGGCAUCGUAUUCAUCGGUCCCCGUCCAGAGACCAUCGCACUCCUCGGGGACAAGGUCCGGGCCCGGGAGCUGGCAAUGUCCAGCAACGUUCCGGUUUUAAAGGGCUCGCCGUUCCUCGACUCCUCGCAGCAUGCACGAGACUUCUUGGCAAGUGAAGGGCUUCCACUGCCGAUCAUCUUCAAGGCGGCCUUCGGUGGUGGUGGCCGCGGCAUGCGGCUCGUUCGCCAAGAUGGUGAGCUCAACGAGGCAUUUGAGCGCUGCACCAGUGAGGCCAAGACCGCCUUCGGCAACGGCUCUGUCUUUCUGGAGGAAUUUCUUGAUGAUGCUCGUCACAUCGAGGUUCAAGUUCUCGCAGACGGCCAGGGAGGUUGCGCACACCUUUACGAGCGCGACUGCAGCGUGCAGCUGCGAAACCAGAAGGUGGUGGAAGUUGCGCCGGCCCGCAUCCAUCCCGGGUUGAGAGCUCGCAUCACCGACUGCGCUGUUCGCCUUCUUCUGAACUGCAACUAUCGGGGCGUUGGCACUGUUGAGUUCAUGGUUGCCGGGGGGCUCGACGAUCCUGAAGCCCGUUUUGUGUUCAUGGAGGUUAAUCCACGAAUCCAGGUCGAGCACACCAUCACCGAAGAGGCUACCGAUGUGGACAUCGUGAAGACACAGCUUGGCAUUGCGAGUGGCAAGAAGCUUGACGAGCUGGGACUUCCGGGAGGUCCCGGGCAUGCAGCUUCGACAUUGCGCGGCUUUGCCAUCCAGGCCCGGGUCUCCCUGGCCCCCGGAGGUGGCAGCGAAGUGUCGGCCUACAGCGAGCCGAGUGGUGAGGGCGUUCGUGUGGAUGCGGCCCUUUAUGCUGGGGGAAAGCCGAGCAUGCACUACGACCCGUUGGUUGGCAAGCUGAUCUGCUAUGCCCCUGGUGAAGGUGACGAGGCCUUCCAGGCCUGCCGGGAGCGGACUAUUUCAGCUUUGGACUCCUACGUCAUCGACGGGGUUAACACCAACAAGCCUGUGUUGCGCGGAAUCCUGCGGCAUCCCGAAUUCAUCAAAAACGAGGUGCUCCUCUCCUUCAUGGCCCGCCAUGGCCCAACCCUCGCCGGCAGCGCCGAUGCCGCUACGAGCAGCAGCCAGGCAUCGAAACCCGUGUCGCUGAAGCGCCAGGAGCUGUCGGUCUCAUCGCCGCUGGAGGCGACUGUGGUGCAGAGCUGCGUCCAAGAGGGGCAGGAGGUGGAGGAGGGACAGCUGCUGGUCUUGCUCUCUGCCAUGAAGCUGGAAACCGAGGUGCGCUCACCUCAUGCCGGGAAGGUUCUAAAAGUUUCUGCAGUCGCGAACAAGACAGUCAGCGCCGGUGAAGAUCUCGUGGUUCUGGACGCUUUGGUUCCCGAGGACGGGGAGGGCGCUGCUGCCGAGACGGCUGCCAUGGCAUCGGCGAGCCGCGUGCGACUGGUGGGAUCUGCAAUGGCAGAUGCGACCUCCGUGUGGUACGGCAAAGAAGACGGUGUCAAGCCGUGCCAGGGCCCAACGUCAAGCAGUAUCCGACUGCCUGCGCCACGUCAUAAUGACGAGACCUUCAUGAAGCGAACUGCUCACCACACUGCCCUGCUGGACCUGCUCAACAAGCGGUUACAGGUCGUCUGUGGAGGAGGAGGUGAGCAGUCAGUGGAGCAGCAUCAUGCUCGUGGCAAGGCUCUGCCUCGCGAGCGCAUCAAAGCAGUCCUUGAUCCUGGAACGGACUUCCUGGAAUUCUCGGCCCUUGCAGCGAACGAUCUGUACGAUGGCAUGGCGCAUUCUGCGGGCAUUGUGACGGGCGUCGGCCUGGUGCACGGCAAGGAGGUCCUCUUCGUUGCAAACGAUGCCACCGUCAAAGGCGGAACCUACUACCCGAUGACGGUCAGCAAACACUUGAGGGCACAGCAAAUCGCAAUGGAGAACAAGCUUCCUUGUGUUUAUCUUGUCGACAGUGGUGGCGCAUACCUUCCGCUGCAGGACGAGGUAUUCCCUGGGCGUCUCCACUUCGGUCGCAUCUUCUACAACCAGGCCCAAAUGUCUCGUCGUGGCUUGCCACAAAUCUCCGCGGUCCUGGGAUCGUGCACUGCGGGCGGCGCCUACGUCCCUGCAAUGUCAGACGAGAACAUCAUCGUCAAGGGCAAUGGCACCAUCUUCCUCGGCGGGCCGCCUCUUGUGAAAGCCUCCACAGGUGAGGUGGUUACUGCCGAGGAGCUUGGUGGUGCAGAUGUGCAUACCUCGAAAUCUGGCGUUGCAGAUCACUACGCGGAGAACGAACCGCAGGCCUUGGCGAUCUGCCGUGAGGUCUUAGCACACGUUGGCGAACCUACGCAUCCCAAGCAUCCGGAGGUGGAGCCAGAAGCCCCGCUCUUCGAUCCCAAGGAUCUUCUAGGGAUUAUCCCUGAAGACAAUUCCAAGGCCUUGGAAGUGCGCGAGAUCAUCGCGCGAAUCGUGGACGGGUCGCGCUUUCACGAGUUCAAGCACAGGUUCGGUACCACUUUGGUGUGCGGUUUCGCGCAUAUUCAUGGCUACCCCGUUGGUAUUGUGGCCAACAACGGGAUCCUCUUUGGCGAGUCAGCCCAAAAGGGAGCGCACUUCGUGCAGCUCUGCGGCCAGCGCCGGAUUCCAUUGUUGUUCUUGCAGAACAUCACCGGGUUCAUGGUGGGCAAGGCCUACGAGAACGGUGGCAUUGCACGAGAUGGAGCCAAGAUGGUCAACGCCGUUGCGUGCGUGGAUGUGCCCAAGAUCACAGUGAUCAUUGCCGGGAGCCAUGGUGCCGGGAACUACGGUAUGUGUGGCCGCGCUUUUGACCCUCGCUUUCUCUUCAUGUGGCCCAAUGCUCGCAUCGGUGUGAUGGGUGGCUCGCAGGCGGCAGAGGUGCUCACCACUGUCAAGCAGGCACAGCUGAAGCGACAGGGCAAGCCCGAGAUGACCGAGCAGCAGUUUUCCGGCGCAGCAAUACUUCGGGGUUUUCUUCGUUUCUGUCUUCAGGAGCUGUGGCUCGGCGGUGCUUGA